AUGUCAGACGCGGGCAGCCCGUAUACAGGCGACCUCCGUCCCUGUGGUGAUACCUGCGAGACCCUCCAACCGCCCGGGAGCGCGUGGCCCGACGAUUCGGCCACCAGCACCGCUGGUGACAAAGCUGCCUCCUCAGACUGCGACCCGGCCGCGGGUCCCGGGCGGAAGAAGCUACCCGAGAGUCAGCCCCUGGACCACCGGGACGUCGUGGGCGGCUCGGGACCGAGCGCGGGGGGACCGGCAGAUAUCCCUGUCGUAAGGCGUGGCCUCCGGAGAGCCGUGCCGCAUUCCCCGCCGUCUUCGGGUGACGACGCCGCGGAUAGUCCCACACUCGGCGGGCGACCGGCCCCACCAUCAUCAUCACCAUCAUUAUUAUCAUCGCACCCCCUCGCCCGGCACCAUCACCGUGGUAUAGCCACAAGCGACAGGGCAUCUACGCUCCCACGUGAAGGACAUCCAAGUGGGAGGACGUCAGCAGGCAAACGAGCCCGGGCCACCGAUCCUCCUACCAACGACGACAACACACCAGCCAGCAGCAGCCAAGCCCGCGCCGCGGCCCAACAUGCCAGUAAGCGGAGGUGCCCGACACAUAACCCGAUCCUAGUCUCACCGCAGACGACCACACGCCCGGGAGACCAGCCGGCCGCAACACGAGAUAGGCCCCACGAUGGGCAGAGCAAGAACCACGCUAGGGAUGUCGUUAGUAGCGACGAGAUAGAUGACACGGAUCAUACAGACUAUGGAGAUGGUGGUGAGGAUGUGGAGGACCUCGACUGCGACGUCUCCCGCCACGACACGCCAGAUAACGUCGCAGAGAUGUCCGAGGAUUGCUCGGGGAACCGGGACGACGCCGACAACAAGAAACCCCCCUCCGGCGAGGCCAGGCCGCAUACGUCCGAGCCGGCCUCGUCCGUGGACAAGGUCGAGGCCAUUAUAAGGUCCCUCGUCACCCGCGGCGUCGAACAGUGCGUGGCCCUCUUGCAGGCCUGGCGGGCCGCCGCGACGAGCUCGACGCUCCACCUCCCGCGAUGCGAGAGCCGUGCCGUUCUCUACCGCAACACCCAGCAGGCCAAGUGCCACGAAGCCCUCGCCAGGUACCAAACGAGGCUCGCCUAUAUCCAGCUGAGCAGGCGACUCAAGAAGCCGGGACCCGACAGCGCCGCCGUGUACCGGAGCCGCAGCGACAUCCACAGCCUCACCUGCGAGGUGCUCGGCGUCGACCCCUCCUCCGCCGAUACCAAGUCGAGGGCGUUCUAUCUACAAAGGGCCGACAUCAGCCGUUGCCUCUACACUGGCCGCAUCUUAGAUAUUGUCUCCGGCGAUGGUCUUGACUUCCUCCCCGUCCUCCCCGCCGGCAAGCUCGGCCUCACCCUGUCAGACUCGCAGGACCUGGCUCGCCGGCUUGUCAGCCUCGCGUCCGGGGAGGCUGAGGACGACGAAGGUAACACCAUUAAGCAGCUGGCCGCCUUCGGCCGGUUGUUCGCGAGAGUCGUCCAAGGCGAACAGGCGGAUCCCCUGUUCGGGCUCGACGUCGAGCCCGUCGCCCGCCUGGCGUCGGCAGCGGAGACGCCCCGGCCGCCGAGACCUACGUCUGGCCCUGAGCGUAUCGCCGCGCACACAUGGGGACUGGGAGAUAAGCUUCGGGCGUCCAUCGGCAGGCUGACCGGCGCCGGGCAGGACGUCUCCCUCCUGCGCCAUAUAGACCUCCCCCACCCCUUUGUCCGUAUCACCUACACGGGGACUCCGGCGUCGAUGGUGCCGAGGCUGCAGGCCGUCCGUCACCCCGACGUUCCCGUGCUAGGACCUUUAGGAAGCACCUCCUCACCCACCACCAAUCCUGACCAGGUCAGCAUCACAGCGGGAGAUAUUGUGAGCGUCGUCCCUGGCGAGCUUAUCCUAGAUAGCUCCUCUGCUGCCUCCGAGCUCACGCCCGCUAGUCGCUGGCGUGAUAUUAGGGAUGAGAUGCUACUGGCGCCGCCUACCGGUUCCCAGUCCUCUGAGCUAGAAGCCAAGGUCUUAGCUCGAUACCCUCUGUCUUAG